UCAGUAGGAUCACUGUGGAAAAUGGAAUAACAAGUUUCAAGGCGUUAUUCCAUUUGCAUAAAUAAAAACAUUUGCCUGUCUUUACGUGCGCACCCAAUUUCAGACCAAACCCGUCGCCUCCGAAUCGACGACACUAGAAUCUCUCUCUCUCUCUCUCUCUGUCUGCCAAAGCUCUUCGGCGAUGGCUCUGCAACUGUGGGAGACCCUCAAAGAAUCCAUCGUCGCCUCCACGGGCCUGUCCCCAGCGACUUUCUUCACCAUCCUUGCCCUUGGGCUCGCCGUCUACUAUGUCGUGUCCGGCCUCUUCGGGUCGUUAUCCCACCGCCACCAGAGGCCGAGGAACUACCAGGAGCAGAUGAAGCCUCUCGCUCCUCGUGUUCAGCUUGUCGAGACCUCCGAGGACGAGCUCAAGCAGUACGACGGCACCGACCCCAAGAAGUCUCUCUUGAUGGCCAACAGGGGGCAGAUCUACGAUGUCUCUCAGAGCAGAAGGAGUUACGAUGUCUUCCUAAGUUUCAGAGGCACAGACGUCCACAAUAACUUUCUUGGUCAUCUCUACAUAGCUCUGACCAGAGAGGAAUUAACACUUACAUCGAUAGUGAAGAAUUGAGGAAGGGAGAG